AUGAGCAAAAAGUUCAAGUCGCAGGCGUCCAGCAGUCGCGCAGCUGCGGGCGCCUUUGGGUCGUUUAGUGGAUUCUCGGGUGCCUUUAACGGAGAUGGCCGGGAGCCGUCUGCACUUACAUAUAUUGCCGAACCACCGGACUUGUCUCGCAUCUCAGAGCAGCAGAUAGUCAUUGCUUUCAAGAACUUGCUGAAGAAAGAUGACAUUACGCGGACCAAGGCGUUGGAGGAGCUUAAGGAGCAUGUGUCCUCAGUGGAGGUAAAUGAUGGAACACUUGAUGAUGGCUUUUUAGCAGCAUGGGUCAAAAUAUACCCACGAUUGUCCAUUGAUUUGUCCAGGCGGGUACGACAGAUGGCGCAUACCAUUCAAGGCUCAAUCACUGGCCUCGUCGGCAAGAGAAUUGCGCCAUAUCUGCCCAAGGUCAUUGGUGCUUGGGUGGCUGGCAUUUACGACAUCGACAAAAUAGUGCACCGCUCCGCAUUAGAAUCUUUCAUCAGUGUCUUCUCGACCCAAGACAAGCGAAAUAACGUAUGGAAGAUCUACCAGAGCUCCAUCUUGGACUUUGCAGACGACGUCCUUCUUCAUCAAACACCCCUUACAUUGAGCGACGAGCGAACAGUCAAGCGAGAUGAUGCAGAAGCAAAAUAUGCACGCGUGGUGGGGGCUGGACUGCUUCUUUUCAAUCGAAUUCUAGGCGACUCCUCUGACGAGGAUCUUCAAAAAAAUCUCGCCGAAAUUGAGCUUUUGCUUGGCAGUAGGUCUAUAUGGUGCUUUUGCAACCACGAUGACCCGUUUGUCCGCCGAUCUGUUUACAUCUUGAUGCGGACGGCAGUAUCUAGAGAGCCUGGCUGGCUUGAUUGGAAGCUCCUCAGCUCUGCUGUCAUUGGAAAGUCUUUGUCCAUCUCGCAGCUCGGCUCCGCUUCUGACCUAUCUGAAACUAUUCUACUUCUGACUUCGUCCAGACCUCAGGUCUGGACGAAGGACUUCACAGGAAAGACCUCCGCAUCGAAAAGACUCCGUCAAUACAUCCAGAAAGGCUCACAGGGUGGCACCGGAAAAUUCUGGUCCAACCUUGACCAGUUGAUCCGAACCGUUCCUCGAGAGGUUCUCGCAGGAGCCGACAAAACAUGUACCGAUGAUACGGUCAAAGUCUCUAGCGUCACUGCCCUCACAGAAGCAUUCCAAGAGGGCCUCAAUUCAAGGGAAGAGCCGCGCCAAAAUCUCUUUACUGGCUGGAAAUCCUACAUCGAGGUUGGACUAUGGCUUGCGAGCCUUUUGCCGGAAGAAGAACGUUCUGAGCUUAUUCAGAUGAGACUGUCACCCAUUAUAACGCAUUACGUCCAGCCGAAUCCCGAUUUAACCCAAUGGUCUCUUCCUUCUCAGUCAACCGAGCAUCUCUGCAUUGACCUUCUCUCUGCCCUGGUUGGUCACGGACAAUACCAGGAAAUAAAGACUUUGUGGGCAGAUCUGUCGAAAGCCCUGCUUGAAGCCGUGAAACUAUCGUCCCCAGAGCAAUCCAAAGAUUUCCGAUCAUCACAGGACGCAAUCUGUGAGCAGUCGAAACGCUUUUUUAUCCUCGAACCCUCGGUUCUCUCGCGAGCUAUGGAAGCCAACCGCGAGGCUCAGCUGAAGGAGAUUUUUGAGAAGUCAAAUAUGGCUCUUCUUGACGAUUGUCUGCAAGUCUUGCGCUCUCGAAAUGGGAAGCCUUACGGAGCCGCUGGGGUUGUGGAGGAAUGUAUUCGCCGGGUGCCUUCCAUCGCCAAGAGAUCUCAGGAACUUCUAGAGUUCGUCCAGAACGAUGCACCCGAGCUUUUGUUCUCUCCCUCAGGUGACCGUCUCAUUGCAAUUAUUCUGGCGUGCCGACAAUGGGAAGGAUUCUCCUCUAGCUUUGAGAUAGUUAUUGAACGAGCUUUGGGGCUUGAGCCUGAGCAAUCGAACGCUCAUGUUCUCCAGAGUCUUUUGUCUACACUUGACUUCAACGAGAUUGGAGACCAGGCCAAGCUUUCUUCUCUGGUCAUGCGAGCUUUGAAUAAAGCGUGCAGAGGAAGCGCUGCUCACUGGCCGAUUGUCGCCGCAGUCCUCCGGAAUCAAACUUCUUGGAAUGUCAUGCUGAACCAAAUCUUCAUGUCGAUCAUCGGUUCAUUAUCCCAAGAAGAACGCAUUUUCGCUGCCCUCCAUGGCCUAUCCCACCUUGGGCGGACUGUCCCUGCUGCUGUGCGAGAGUUUCAAGGUGGUGUAGAUGGUUCGAAGCUGAUCGGGAAGUUGCUAUACCUUUCCGAAUCUGCUUCGGAAGAAAUAGCAGGUCUCGCUGAGUCUCUGAUGAAGACUUUCAAAGAAAUUACCGUUGGUGACACAAGUACGAAGUCAAAGAUUGAGGUUCUCAAUGAUGGGUUCACUGCUGCGAAGGAGGAGUCCCUGACAAUUGAUUCGCUCUUUGCUAUUGCCGAAGAGUUGCUUCCGAGUCUUCAAAGUGAAGCGAAGUACACCAUCAAAGACAUUCUACCCUCUCAAUCUGCCUGGGAGGACGCCAUGGCCCCAUUCCUUCAAUUGCCUCCCCGCCCGUCAACAGCAAUUACAAGCCCACUCGCCGGAAUUACCCACUUGGUCCAGCGCGACCUGUCCGAUUCAUUCAAGGAACUGCGGCUAAGUAUUGGCCGGGACUCAUCUCGCUGUUCUACCGCAUUCCGGCUCGCAAGCUUUACCAUUAGGGUUUUGUCUUUGUUCCCUGUUACUCAGCAUAUGGAGAAGGAAGAUCUAGAGACAUUGUUCUAUUUUGUUCCACUGGCUGUGCAGCUGAUCGAUGACGACCUGAGCAUUGAAAACUCUAAUGGUAUUUCAGGGCUAGAGUUGGCUGACCAGCGCGAGGAGUACCUUGAAAUCGUUUUCAAGGGACAAAGGGUGAUCAGUGACUGGAUUCACGCGAAACAUACUACCAGCUAUGCGCCCGAUGUCACACUUUCCUCAUCAUUCCUCUCUUUCUGGGAAAAUAAGCUGGAAGGGUUGAAUGGAACCUCACCGCUUGACUAUCGAAUCGGAGAAGCAUUUGCCACGAUGAUGGGCUCCGUGGAGACAGUGGGAACAUCCAAGUCCACUGAUCAGAUUGCAAAGAUUUGCAGAGAGGCACGCACCGCCAAUGGUAUCCGCUCGGCGUCAUGGUUUGUCGUUCUGAGAAGCUCCAUACUAUCGAACCCGGUCGGAAACAGAGUUUGCAACGAACUGGUUGCUGAAUCGACUGGACUUAAACCGCAAGACCCUUCUCCCGACGGAUUACGCAAACUGGCACUGCUCAAUAUCCUUCUGUCUGGGGAGGAGGACAUUAUUUCAACAAUUCCAACUCAGCGUCUGGUGUUCCUUACCAAGCAUCUCGUUGAAUGUCUCCAGUCUGAUCUGCAAUCUUUUGGACUAAGGGCUGAAAUCAUGAAGGCGCUGGCAUUUGUUCUUUCAGGUCUUGUUGAGAUCUAUGGAUCCCACUGGGAGGAUAGUAUGACCACCUUGAGCAAGGUUUUCAAGAAGACGAAUGGUGGUGAAGAAGGCCUCCCGUUGCUAGUGUCAUCUUUCAGGUUGUUUGCCCGUUUGAAGUCUAUGGCAGAUGGUGAAAGCAACGAUGAUCUCCAAGAUGCCUGGCUCGAGCGACGAGUUGGCCUAUUCAACGAGUUAGCUUCUACCAUCGGAAAGUUUGAUUCUUCGACCACUUUCCACCAGCCUCGGGAUGUGGCUGUUGAUCUCCUACGACGUCUGAUUAUCUCCAUCCCAAUUGAAAAGUUGGAAGAUAUCAGCGAGGUCUUCUGUCUUUUGACUGCCCACAGUCGUGCUGUUCAGCGAACUGCUUACACCAUCCUUCACCGCUACAUCCCUUACUCUCAGGAACAGGUCUCAUUCGACGUGGCAUUGUCUAAGUCUGCGGUCAGUCUGCCCGACGAGCUUGUAUCCCUUCUACUCGAAACACCAUCGAUGCAAAUGGUCUCCGCGUCAUACGGCGACGACAAGAUGUGGACCAGUGUGAGGUCCUACCUCCUUAGCUGGAAGGUGGUCUUUGACCACUUCUCCAAUGCAUCACUUCCCGUUCAAGAAUACUACGCGGAGAACAUUAAGGAGAACGACGUUUUGAUUCCGCUCCUUGAAUUUACCUUCGAUUUCCUACAGAAGGCACACGGCAAGAUCAUCGACCCUUCCAAGUUCGAUAUUCAGAACUUCGAGCCCGACGAGUCUGAGAAUGCCGAGAAAGAGACGCAGUGGCUACUAGUCCACUUGUACUACCUGUGUCUCAGAUAUCUUUCCAACAGGACCAAGAACUGGUGGAUUGACACAAAGAAGCGCGUCAAGGGACCUGUGGAGGCCUGGACCGAGAGAUACAUUUCACCUAUUGUGGCCGGAGAUUCUCUCAAGGGUGUCGAAGAUUGGAAUUCCACUCAAGACCCCAAUGAGGAACGUGCACUAGAAGUGAAGAUUGUGCCGAAGACGACCGAGAUCAUUGCUAGCAUCCCGGUGGACGAGGAGUCUCCUCCUGUCUCGAUAUCCCUUUCUCUUCCUCCGGCAUACCCGCUGCACCCUGCACUGGUCGUCGGUCGCAGCCGGGUACUUGUGGAUGAGAAGAAGUGGAAGAGCUGGCUGCUCACAAUUCAAGGCGUCAUCAUGUUUGCUAAUGGCAAUCUCGUUGACGGCCUGCUGGCAUUCCGACGGAAUGUCCAAGGUGCGCUAAAGGGCCAAAGCGAGUGCGCUAUUUGCUAUUCCGUCAUUUCGACCGAUAUGCAGACCCCCAACAAGCGUUGCGCGACCUGCAAGAACGCCUUCCACUCCGUCUGUCUGUUCCGCUGGUUCAAGAGCAGCAACCAGAGCACUUGCCCGCUGUGCCGGAACAACUUUGUUUAUGUCUGA